AUGCUGUCUAACUUUUUUUUAAAAAAUUUGGCUUUAAAAAAAAUUUAUUUGUUUAUUAUUAGAGAGAUAUAUAUUUGUUUAUUUGUUUAUCGAGUGACUGAAAGUAUCCCUUAAAAUCAGAAUUCUUUUUAAAUAUAAAAAAUUGACUUAGAGUAAAUUUAAAUAUCGUAUUUUUUAGUUUAACUAUGGUUAUAUCUAAAAGGCUUACAGAUAUUCAUUUUCCUACUGUUUAAGAUAUAACCUUAAAUAAUUAUCAAAUACAUUCAGAAAAUAAAAAUUUAUUUGAUUAUGUCUGUCACUUCUUCUCUAACAUUUAUGCUCAAAAUCAGUAAGAAACCUUUGAUGUAUAUUAAAAUUUUGUAAUUAAAGUGA